CCAUCUAAUACAAUAAAACUAUAGACAUGCCAGCCCCUGCCAUUUCUGCUGAUGCCCUUGACCUCAUCGGAAACACUCCGUUGAUCAAGUUGAACAAAAUCCCUCAAUCUUUGGGAAUCAAGGCCAAUGUUUACGCCAAAGUUGAACUUUUCAACGCUGGUGGUUCUAUCAAGGAUAGAAUUGCCAAGAACAUGGUUUUAGAAGCUGAAAAGCAAGGUAGAAUUAAGCCUGGUUACACUUUGAUCGAGCCAACUUCUGGUAACACCGGUAUUGGUUUGGCUCUUGUUGGUGCCGUUAGAGGUUACAGAACCAUCAUCACUCUUCCAGAAAAGAUGUCCAACGAAAAGGUUUCUGUCUUGAAGGCUCUUGGUGCUGAAAUCAUCAGAACCCCAACCGAAGCUGCCUGGGAUGCCCCAGAAUCUCAUAUUGGUGUUGCCAAGAAGCUUGAAAAGGAAAUUCCAAACGCUGUUAUUUUGGAUCAAUACUCUAACGAAGCUAACCCUAACGCACACUACUACGGUACUGGUUUCGAAAUCUGGGAACAAACCAAGGGUAAGGUCACUCAUUUGGUUGCUGGUGCUGGUACCGGUGGUACCAUUUCUGGUAUUUCCAAGUACUUGAAGGAACAAAACUCCAAGAUUCAAGUCACUGGUGCUGAUCCAAAGGGUUCCAUCUUGGCUCAACCAGAAUCUUUGAAUACUUCCACUGAAGGUUACUUUGUUGAAGGUAUUGGUUACGAUUUCAUUCCAGAUGUCUUGAACCGUACUUUUGUCGACAACUGGAUCAAGACUGACGAUACUGAAUCUUUCAAGUUGGCUAGAAGAAUUAUCAAGGAAGAAGGUAUUCUUGUUGGUGGAUCUUCUGGUUCUGCUCUUCAAGCUGCUCUUGAAGUUGCCAAGGACUUGACUGAAGAUGACACCGUUGUUGUUGUUUUCCCAGAUUCUAUCAGAUCUUACCUUUCCAAGUUUGCUGAUGACGAAUGGAUGACUACCAACGGAUUCCAAGUUGAAGAUGAAUCUAGCAAGUCCAAGGAAUCCGAUGAUUUCUUGGCCAAGACCACCAUCAGAGAAUUGGUUGCUGACAAGGCUGCAGUUGUCACUGUCACCCUUGCCGACACUGUUGGUAAAACCUUCGAAUUGUUACAAUCUAACGGUUUCGAUCAAUUGCCAGUUUUGAGUCAAUCUGGAAAGUUGGUUGGUUUGGUUACUCUUUCCUCCAUCUUGAAGGCUUUGUCUACCAAGAAGGUUCAAUUGACCAACUCUAUCAGAUCUGUCAUUAUUGACUUCAGAAAGUUGGCCGACUUUGAAAAGUCUUUCACCAUCACCAAGGCCUCUGGUUUGACCAAGAGAUCUUACUCCCCAAUCACCUUGGACACUCCAUUGUCCUUGUUGAACAAGUUUUUCGAAACUAACUCCAAUGCCAUUGUCACUGAUGAAGAAUUGAAGCCAGUUCAAAUCGUUACCAAGGUUGAUUUGAUUUCAUUCUUGACCAAGAACACCAACUUCAACUAAAUAGAAUAGCAAGAUAGUCCAUAGUCACAUAAUUAAUCAAAAAAGAAAAAAAAAGAAGGUCCCUGUUUUUUUUAUUUU